UCAAAACUAACUUUACAAUAAUCAAAUCAAAUAUACAAUUCAACCUAGCAGACAUUUCUUACCCAGUACGCCCAUGGUCUUGAACUAGACACACUGACAUACAUACAUAUAUAUAUAUAUAUAUCAUCUUCGUCUCCAUAAAUCCACCCAAAACCAUCACUAAACCCAGCUCUUAAACCCAAAUUUUAACUACUUUUUUAUCCCCCUUGAAACAAAAAUGGAAGCUGCUAAUCAAAUUGGCGCCCUGGCCCACCCGAAAGUGUCUCCGAUGCCGUGCCUACCCGGCCCGUCGUGCGGGACUAUGGGCCGGCACUUGGCGCGUCGGCUAGUCGAGAUCGGCGUGAGGGACGUCUUCUCUGUUCCCGGCGACUUCAAUCUGACUUUGCUGGAUCAUCUGAUCGCCGAGCCGGAGCUGAACAACGUCGGCUGCUGCAACGAGCUCAACGCCGGCUAUGCCGCCGACGGGUACGCACGUGCCAAGGGCGUGGGUGCCUGCGUGGUGACCUUCACCGUCGGUGGGCUGAGUGUCCUGAACGCGAUCGCUGGUGCCUACAGUGAGAAUUUGCCGGUGAUCUGUAUAGUUGGUGGACCCAAUUCCAAUGAUUAUGGUACCAAUCGGAUUCUCCAUCACACCAUUGGCUUGCCGGACUUUACCCAAGAGCUCCGAUGCUUUCAGACCAUCACCUGUUAUCAGGCUGUGGUUGAUAACUUGGAAGAUUCACAUGAGUUGAUUGACACUGCAAUCUCGACGGCUUUGAAGGAAAGCAAGCCGGUGUAUAUCAGUAUAAGUUGUAAUUUGCCUGGAAUUCCUCAUUCAACCUUCGCUAGAGAUCCGGUCCCAUUCUUUCUCACACCGAAGGUCAGCAAUCAAUUAGGAUUAGAAGCAGCAGUGGAAGCAACAGCUGAGUUUCUGAAUAAGGCUGUGAAACCUGUCAUUGUGGGAGGCCCCAAGCUAAGGUUUGCAAAGGCACAGCAGGCCUUUGUGGAGCUCGCAGAUAUUUGUGGGUAUCCGAUUGCAAUAAUGCCAUCAGCCAAGGGACUGGUGCCGGAGAACCAUCCGCACUUCAUUGGGACGUAUUGGGGUGCCGUCAGCACCAGCUUUUGUGGGGAGAUAGUGGAAUCUGCUGAUGCCUAUGUUUUUGUUGGUCCCAUCUUUAACGAUUACAGCUCAGUUGGAUACUCUUUGCUGAUCAAGAAAGAGAAAUCAGUGAUAGUGCAGCCCAAUCGUGUGACGGUUGGUAAUGGUCCUUCCUUCGGUUGGGUUUUUAUGUCAGACUUCUUGACUGCAUUGGCCAAGAAGUUAAAGAAGAACAGUACAGCUAUGGAGAAUUACCGAAGGAUAUUCGUUCCUCAAGGCAUUGCUCUGAAACGUGAGAAUGACGAACCUCUAAGAGUCAACAUCCUCUUUAAGCACAUACAGGAGAUGCUACGUGGAGACACUGCAGUAAUUGCGGAGACAGGGGACUCAUGGUUCAAUUGUCAGAAGCUUCGCCUCCCUGAAAAUUGUGGAUACGAAUUCCAGAUGCAGUAUGGAUCUAUUGGGUGGUCAGUAGGUGCCACUCUUGGUUAUGCUCAGGCUGCUAAAGAGAAACGUGUGAUUGCCUGUAUCGGUGAUGGGAGUUUCCAGGUAACAGCUCAGGAUAUCUCAACAAUGAUUCGAUGUGGACAACGGACAAUCAUAUUCCUCAUUAACAAUGGAGGCUAUACCAUAGAAGUAGAGAUUCAUGAUGGCCCGUAUAAUGUGAUCAAGAACUGGGACUACACUGGCCUUGUUAAUGCUAUCCACAAUGGCGAAGGCAAAUGCUGGACUAGCAAGGUGCGUACAGAAAAUGAGCUGAUGGAAGCAAUCGCCACAGCAACAGGAGCACACAAGGAUUCGUUAUGUUUCAUUGAAGUUGUUGUGCACAAGGAUGACACGAGCAAAGAGCUGCUGGAAUGGGGAUCCCGUGUUUCUGCUGCUAACAGCCGCCCACCAAAUCCUCAAUAGUCUUGACAUCCGAGUACUUGAGAUUACACCCAAAACUUCUUCAAGAACUACAAAUAAGAGAAAGGACAAUUGUUCCAUCACUGGGUUGUGCUUUCCUGUUCCGAAAAAGAGGAUUUAUACUGGUGGAGAUGGUAAAAUUACAUGUUUUAAGUACGUCUUGACUGUGCAUGUAUCCUGUAUGUCAAUAUAUAUUAUGCCCCGACCUAGAGUUUUUUUUCCCUUUCCCUGACUGGAGGACUUUUUUGGAUUUUACUGAGCUGAAUAUGCCUGUAAUAAUAUCAUGUUACUGAUGUAUGAAAGAUGUCACAAUGUAUAAUGGCAAAUAUGUGAUGUCCUUUACUGA